AUAUUCAGAGAUAGAGAGAUAUUUAAUAAAAUCUUUAUUUGUCCCAGGCAGCCCUGUUUCUGUUUGAAAUUUGUAGGGGUGGGGGGAAGAAUCCCAUUUACCCUCUUCUCCCCCCACUCCCACAAUGUCCACCACAAGUCUGGUAAUUUUGCCAAAAGCCCAACAUUUGGCUCCUAAAUUUUUGGGCUCCCACCAAAAAAAAAAAAAAAAAAAAAGGCCUGGCAUCCACCAUUCUUUCACAACUUCCCAUUUUACCCUCACAAACCCCAUGAAGUAGGCUCAAAAAGGACCCCCAAAAGUGACUGUUUCCAGGUCACCCUGUGACCGUUAUGACUGACUGGAUAUUUGAAUCUAGAUCUUGCUGGCCUAGCUUCACCAGCAUGGCUAGCAUUUAGCAUUGGGUUCUUUGAAGAAUUGUUAUGAUGCCAUUCCAUAACUGCUUUCUCUCCUCUCAGCCAUUCUCCUGGGAUAGGAAAUAGAAGAGUUGAGAGCUAGCUACUGGCUAAUUUUCUGAAAAGAGAAGUGAAGGGACUUCUGCUUGUUUUGAAGUUCCCCCUCUGGCCCGGAAAUCCUGUCUCUUAUUCCUGGCAAUGAAGGCGGAUGAGUUGUGAACAGAUCCCAGAAUGAGUGGAAGAUGCACUCUGCAUAUACUCAGAGGCACCCUUUUUGUUAUUCGCAUGUUUCAAUUCUGAGCUGAGGGGCUGAGCCCUGGUGAGCCAUGGCUCAUUUUAAAAUGACUUGAACUGAGAUGUUGAAGCUCAGUUGAGGCCUUCUGGAAGGGAGAUGGAAGUUGUUCAGAGAAAAAACUUAUGUGCAUUGUGGAUUUGCUGUGACGGAGAAAUCUGAGCUCAUGAGGGAAGGGAGUGAAAACUUUUGCCUUAUUUUGGUUGGCUGGUGUACUAAGGGCAGGGCUGAAUGACAUAUCAAAGGCUAUUUCCUGGCAUUCUGGUUCCCUGAAAGAGGAAAUCCCAUUGCGAUAAACAUUGCCCUUCAGCUGACAGGGAGAGAGACGAAAUAUAAGGACUGCGAAACACUCUCCUCUGGGAAAGGGAGAAAUAAGUGCCCUCCUUUUAGAGAAUCGCCUUGGAGGAUACUCCAGCCCUCAGGACAGAGACGGCUGUUGCCUUUUUGGAGAAGGAUUGCACGGCGUUCAUUCACAGCUCAGCCUAGAAGGAGUGCCAUGGCCAAUGAGGAGGAGGACUACAAUCAAGCCUUACACAAAUACCAGGGGAUCUUCCGGAGGUUUCCGCUGAACUUGGUCCAUGGGAUCCCCCUGAUGGAACCCAUCGCUCAGCAAUGGGCUCCGAUUGAGAAUUUUGAAGCACGCCCAGAUGAUCUGCUCAUCUCAACCUACCCCAAAGCAGGUACUACAUGGAUGCAAGAGAUUGUUUAUCUGGUCCUUGUUGGCGGAGAUGUGGAGAAAGCAAAGCAGACUCCCCUGCACGUCCGCAUUCCAUUUCUAGAAAUCUGCUCGCCACCCCCUUUGCCUUCAGGAGUUGAUAAACUGCUGAAUGCUCCCUCUCCUCGUGUGAUCAAAACCCACCUGCCCUUCCAGCUGGUUCCUAAAAGCUUUUGGGAAAAGAACUGCAAAAUGAUUUAUGUCGCUCGGAAUGCCAAGGAUAACUUGGUCUCCUAUUACUUCUUUGACCAGAUGAACUUGACACAACCAGAUCCAGGGCCUUGGGAUGGCUACGUGACGAAAUUCAUGGAGGGCACAGUUCCCUGGGGCUCUUGGUACGACCAUGUCCGGCGUUACUGGGAUGAGAAAGAAAACCACCGUAUUCUCUAUCUUUUCUAUGAAGACAUGAAAGAGGACUUGGCCCGUGAGGUCCAGCGGGUGAUGGAUUUCCUGGAGGUGGACCUGCCUGAGGACGUUGUUCAGAAGAUUGUCCAUCACACGACAUUCGAGGUCAUGAAAGACAAUCCGAUGGCGAAUUACGACACUGUCCCCAACACAAUCUUUGACAAAACAAAAGGCACUUUUAUGAGGAAGGGUGAAGUUGGCGACUGGAAGAAUUACUUCACGGUGGCUCAAAGGGAGACAUUUGAUGCCGAUUACCAACGCAAGAUGCAAGGAACAACCUUACGUUUCCGGGAUGUACUAUAGACUUGGAAAUUUACCCCCUUGGGACUUUUUCUGCCUAGAAGCGAAACAUUUCCCCUCGCGUUGCACUUUUGAUAUAAUAAAUGUGGGUGCAACUAAAAA